CUACUUCUCUACUGGGCAUCCACUCGGGGGCUACAUAUAUUCAGGACCUAGCAGGCUCUUUCCUUGCCAGCCAGAGCAGUCAUGAAAGAUAAAUCUGUAGAAGAGCAGUUCUGUAUCACGUUCUCAAAGGUGGCUGUGAAGAUUUUGAGGAGCUUCUGGGAUAGGCACAGUAAAGGCUAUAGGGGUUGGGGAUCACUAUUGCUGUUCUGUGGGCUGCAGGAACAAGAAAUUACUCUGCAACUUUCAAGUCCACUUGUGUAUCUGUGGAGAUGAGAUGACUUUUUCAUGCUUAUUUGCCCCUAUUUCUUGGAAAAUCAGCUAGUUAACUGUUACAUCUAUUGUAUUCCACAUCUGUGGUACUGUAGCCUUUAAUUUUGAUCCCUUUGUAUUAUUUUAAUGUGCUCUGGGAAACUGCACCCUGUUCCUUAGUGCUGCCUGUGAAAAUCUCAAAUGGCUUUGAACUGCUCCCUGUGAAGUCCUUUCCUGUGGAUCCUAAUGGCUUUGGUGAGAAGAAGGUGCAGCUGUCUUGAGGAUCACACUGCUGAUAGUUUGGGCAAAAACAGAUGGCCGUGACCUAAAAAGACAUUCCUAACUUGUGAAGGGACCCCAGCAAACCAGAUCUGAAGGGCACUGAUGAAGCUGGUGGUACCUGUUCAGGAUGCAGGUGGGACACCUUGGACACUCAAGAUGUCUGUUAGAGACAGUAUCUUCUUUUCUGCUGGCUAUUUGGAUGAGCACAGCAUGCUAAGGAGGCAUUGUUUGAGCAGAAAUUCACACCUUGUGUUCAGCAUGAAUCUUCUGAGUGUGAGAGGAUGAAGCCAGACUCUUAACAGGCACUGUGUGAGAUCAGGUGUGUGCCCUGAUAUGGGCUGGCAGCCCUAGGGAAACACACAAGGGUUGCCAGGGAGCUCUGCCUUCACUGGGUGAGCACCAGAAUGAGGGAGCUUCUGAAGCAGCUGUAAAACAGCCACAGGGAAGCUGAGCACCAGGUAUCAUAUCCUUGAAUGUUUCCUCCCUGACAUGCUGAAUAAGAAGCAGCCCAAAUGGCUCUUCUAAGAUUGCUGCUAGAAUGGUCACAAGCAGCUGGCUUUCUCUGUGACAGAUGAAGCUCUCGCAGGGCACAGAAUGAACCAAACUGCUGUGCUCUUGGUUCUCUGCUCCCCUCCUCCUGGUACUUCAGAACCUAUUGUGAGGGGUUACUAGAGCUGUGUUUAGGAAGCCAGCAUCCACCCUUCCUGCUGGCACCAUUAUCCAUGCUUCCCCAAGCUGUGUGCUGAAUGGAGCAAUGAUUGUGUUUGCCAAACAUAAGCCAGUUUGGCAGAACAAACUUUUCGUAGAGAAUAGAAUCAUAGAAUUGUUAAGGUUGAAAAGGACCACUAAGGUCAUCUAGUCCAACCCCAACCCAGCUCCACCAUGCCUGCUAACCCACAUCUGCAUGGUUCUUGAACAGCUCCAGGGAUGGUGACCCCACCACCUCCCUGGGCAGCCUGUGCCAGUGCAUCACCACUCUUUCUGAGAAAAAUUUCUUCCUAACACCCAACCUCAACCUCCCCUUUGACUACCUGAGGCUAUUCCCUCUCGUCCUAUUGCUAUUAUGUGGGAGCAGAGGCCGAGCACAGUAAAGCCCAGACCUCUCCAAGUGUUUGUGUGUGCUUUGCUGCUUCACAAACAGCUUGUCCUGCCUGUUCAUCAACGCUGGGUGGGCGUUAAGGUCUCUUCCCACCCUAAGCCGUGCCAGCAAGAUGGCUGCCGCCCCGGAGCGCACUACGUCUCCCAGCAGCCCCCGCGCCCCACCGCUCCCGCCCUGCCCCGCGCGCCCAACCGCCCCCGUUUGAACCAUGGCGGCCUGUGCUGAAGCGCUGCCCGAGGAAUGGCUGCUCUACCUCGUCUCCACCCGCGCCGCCACCUUCCGCAACUGGCCCUUCACCGAGGGCUGUGCCUGCACGCCCGAGCGGAUGGCGGCGGCGGGCUUCGUGCACUGCCCCAGCGAGAACGGCCCCGACGUGGUGCAGUGCUUCUUCUGCCUCAAGGAGCUGGAGGGCUGGGAGCCCGACGAUGAUCCGCUCGAGGAACACAAAAAGCACUCCGCGGGCUGCGCUUUUGCCUCUCUUCAGAAAGAUCCCGCUAACCUGACGCUGCAGGAGUUCUUGAAGCUGGACAAAAAGCGGACCAGAAACAUGAUCAAAAAAGCUAUUUCUCAGAAGGAGACCGAUAUAGAAGAUGCAGCCAAGAGCGUGCGGCAUGCGAUAGAGAACAUGGGCCCCUAGGCUCCUCUGGUCUCUGCCAGGUGUAUGUGCUGUGACACUGCCACGCUGACUGAAUGACUGUUUCCUGGGACCACCUCCACAAUGGCCACGCCUGUGAGAACCCAAACAGCACUGAAUUCUUCUUUACUCACCUGAGUCUGUCCAGGAAGUACCUGGGGUUUGGUGCAUUGCAUAGAUUGUCUUUUUCAGCAGGGAUUCUUUUAUUCUUCCCCUUACUUGUGCUUUUAUUUGUUCUUUUUAAAAUCUUGUUUUGUAAACUCAGUUCUUCCUAUUUUGGAAGUGCUGUUAGCCCUGCUGCAAAAAACUUGUUUCUUGCGAGGGCUGGCAGCCAUUUCCAUUUUUGUACAGAUGGUCUUUUUCAGCAGGGAUUCUUUUAUUCUUCCCCUUACUUGUGCUUUUAUUUGUUCUUUUUUAAAUUUUGUUUUGUAAACUCAGUUCUUCCUAUUUUGGAAGUGCUGGUAGCCCUGCUGCAAAAGCUCGUUUCUUGCAAGAGCUGGCAGCCAUUUCCAUUUUUGUACUAAAUGUACUUAUGGAUACUUUUAGAAAUAAAAAGGAUUAAAACUUC